CACUCUGUCUCAUAACACAGCCACUGGACCCACAUUGUCCUUCAGUACGCCCACACGCAGACAGACGCUGGGAGUGAGAGUGAGAGAAAAGAGGUGGGAGAGAGAGAGAGAGAGCGAGGCUUGCUGAGGAACAACCAGGGAGAAUAGAGUGAUAAGUAAGGAGUGAUAAGUAAUACAUUAGAGGAUGGCGGAAGGAGGAGAUGGAGAGGAGGAGAUUCAGUUCUUACGUACGGAUGACCAGGUUGUGCUACAAUGCACUGCCUCCAUUCUAAAAGAACAGAUCAAACUGUGUCUUUCGUGUGAGGGCUUUGGGAACCGCCUCUGCUUCCUGGAAACCACCUCCAAUGCUCAGAAUGUGCCACCUGAUUUGGCGAUCUGCUGCUUCAUCCUGGAGCAAUCCCUGUCGGUACGAGCCUUACAGGAGAUGCUGUCCAACACCAUGGAGCUCAAUGAGGCAGUCGAUUUGGACAAAUGGUCAUCUCAAGGAGGGGGCCACCGUACCCUGCUGUAUGGCCAUGCCAUCCUACUGAAGCACACUCACUCCAGCAUGUACCUCAGCUGUUUGACUACCUCAAGGUCACUCACAGACAAACUGGCCUUUGAUGUGGGCUUACAGGAAGAUUCCACCGGGGAGGCGUGCUGGUGGACCAUUCACCCUGCGUCCAAGCAGAGGUCAGAGGGAGAAAAGGUCAGGGUGGGAGAUGACCUCAUCCUGGUCAGCGUGUCCUCUGAGAGAUACCUGCAUCUCUCCUACGCCAGUGGUGACCUCAUGGUGGACGCCUCCUUCAUGCAGACGCUGUGGACCAUGAGCCCUGUGAUGUCUGGCUGUGAGCUUGCUGAAGGCUUUCUGACUGGAGGCUAUGUUCUUAGACUGUUCCAUGGUCACAUGGAUGAGUGCUUGGCUAUCCCUGCUGCCGAACAAGGAGACGACCAGCGCAGAAUUGCUCAUUAUGAAGGGGGUGCUGUCUGUAGCCAUGCCCGGUCACUAUGGAGACUAGAACCCCUCCGGAUUGGAUGGAGUGGAGGUCACAUGAAAUGGGGCCAGUCGUUCCGAGUGCGUCAUAUAACCACAGGCCGCUACCUCUGCCUGGAUGAAGAGAAAGGACUGCUGGUGGUGGACCCUGAAAAAGCCAACGCCAAGAUGUCAGCCUUCUGCUUCAGAAUCUCCAAGGAAAAGAUCGAGGUGGCUCAGAAGCGAGAUGUGGAGGGCAUGGGCACACCAGAGAUUAAGUAUGGGGAGUCCAUGUGUUUUGUACAGCACGUCUCCUCUGGCCUCUGGCUUACAUACGCCUCUGUCGAUGCCAAGUCCGCUCGCCUGGGACCUCUUAAGAGGAAGGCCAUCCUUCAUAAGGAGGGCCACAUGGACGAUGCCCUGACCGUGGCCCGCUCCCAGACAGAGGAGUUCCAGGCUGCUCGUAUGAUCUACAACACAGCAGGCCUCUUCACUCAGUUCAUUAAAGCGCUGGACUCUCUGAGUGGGAAGAACAAGUCAUCUUCAGGCCCCCCGUCUCUGCCCAUGGACUCAGUGGCCCUCUCCCUGCAGGACCUCAUCUUCUACUUCCGGCCCCCCGAGGAGGAGCUGGAGCACGAGGAGAAGCAGACCAAGCUACGCUCCCUCAAGAACAGACAGAACCUCUUCCAAGAGGAGGGCAUGAUCACCCUGGUGCUGGACUGUAUUGACCGACUCAAUGUCUACAACACGGCGGCCCACUUCUCAGAGUUUGCAGGGGAGGAAGCUGCCGAGUCUUGGAAGGAAAUCGUUAAUCUCCUGUACGAGCUGCUGGCCUCUCUCAUCAGAGGUAACCGGGCCAACUGUGCUUUGUUCUGUGAUAACCUGGAUUGGCUGGUCAGCAAACUGGACCGUUUAGAGGCCUCCUCAGGCAUCCUGGAGGUGCUGUACUGCGUUCUGAUUGAGAGUCCAGAGGUCCUGAACAUCAUCCAGGAGAACCACAUUAAAUCUAUCAUUUCUCUACUGGAUAAGCAUGGACGCAAUCACAAGGUGUUGGAUGUGCUCUGCUCUUUGUGUGUGUGUAACGGUGUGGCUGUAAGGUCCAAUCAGAAUCUCAUCACAGAGAAUCUGCUUCCCGGUCGCGACCUCCUCCUGCAGUCCAACAUCAUCAAUUAUGUCACCAGUGUGAGACCCAACAUCUUCCUUGGAACCUGUGAGGGAUCCACUCAGUAUAAGAAGUGGUAUUUUGAGGUGAUGGUGGAUUAUGUGGAGCCCUUCCUGACCGCCCAGGCCUUCCACCUGCGUGUGGGCUGGGCUCUGACAGAGGGCUACAGCCCGUACCCUGGGGGUGGUGAGGGCUGGGGCGGCAACGGGGUUGGCGACGACCUUUACUCCUACGCCUUUGAUGGACUCCACCUGUGGUCAGGACGAGUCCUCCGCCAUGUCGCCUCCCCCAACAUGCACAUCCUAGCGGCAGACGAUGUCGUCAGCUGCUGCCUGGAUCUGAGCGUGCCCAGUAUCUCGUUCCGUAUCAACGGGCACCCGGUGCAGGGCAUGUUUGAGAACUUCAACCUGGACGGCCUCUUCUUCCCUGUCGUCAGCUUCUCUGCAGGCGUCAGGGUUCGUUUUCUCCUGGGAGGGCGUCAUGGGGACUUCAAAUUCCUCCCACCGCCAGGCUAUGCACCGUGCUAUGAGGCUGUGCUGCCCAAGGACCGACUGCGUAUUGAGCCCAUCAAGGAGUAUAAGCAUGAUUUCAAUGGUGUCCGCAAUCUGUUGGGGCCUACACAGUCCCUCUCGCACACCGCCUUCACCCCCUGCCCUGUGGACACAGUACAGAUUGUGCUUCCGCCUCACUUGGAGCGCAUUCGGGAGAAGCUGGCGGAAAACAGCCAUGAGCUAUGGGCCGCCACUCGCAUUGAACAAGGAUGGACCUACGGGUCGUUCCGAGAUGACAACAAGAAACUGCACCCCUGCCUGGUAGAUUUCCAGAGCCUGCCAGAGCCAGAGAAGAAUUACAACCUUGCAAUGUCUGGAGAAACACUCAAGACUCUGCUGGCGCUGGGCUGUCACGUGGGCAUGGGGGAUGAGAAAGCAGAGGAGAACCUGAAGAACAUCAAGAUGCCCAAAACGUAUAUGAUGAGUAGUGGAUACAAGCCUGCCCCUCUGGACCUCAACCAUGUCAAGCUGACACCCAACCAGACCAACCUAGUGGAGAGACUGGCAGAGAAUGGGCACAACGUGUGGGCUCGUGACAGGGUCCACCAGGGAUGGACCUACAGCAUUGUCCAGGACAUUAUGAGCAAGCGCAACCCGCGUCUGGUGCCGUACAACCUGCUGGACGAAAAGACCAAGAAGACCAACAGAGACACUGUCUGUGCAGCUGUCCGCACUCUCAUCGGCUACGGUUACAACAUUGAGCCACCUGACCAGGAGAGCAGUGGUAAUGGGGAAGGUCAUUCCCGUGGAAAUAAGAUCCGGGUGUUUCGGGCUGAGAAGUCAUACGCGGUGACCCAGGGGAAGUGGUACUUUGAGUUUGAGGCUGUCACCGUGGGGGAUAUGAGAGUGGGUUGGGCCAGACCCAGUGUCCGCGCUGACACAGAGCUGGGGGCGGAUGAGCUCGCCUACGUCUUCAAUGGUUUCAAGGCUCAGCGCUGGCAUGUCGGCAAUGAGCCGUUUGGUCGUAGCUGGUUGCCAGGUGACGUGGUAGGCUGUAUGAUCGACCUGGUAGAGCAGAACAUCUUCUUCACCCUGAACGGAGAGAUGCUGAUCAGCGACUCUGGCUCUGAGAUGGCCUUCAAGGACAUAGACACAGGAGAUGGCUUUAUCCCUGUGUGUAGUCUGGGCCUGUCUCAGGUUGGCCGGCUCAACCUGGGCCAGAACGUCAGCAGCCUGCGCUACUUCACCAUCUGUGGCCUGCAGGAGGGCUUUGAGCCUUUCGCCAUCAACAUGAAGCGAGACAUCACCAUGUGGUUCAGCAAGAGCCUGCCCCAGUUCAUCCCUGUUCCUACAGAACACCCUCACAUUGAGGUGUCCCGUGUGGAUGGGACAGUGGACAGCGCUCCGUGUCUGAAGCUGACCCAUAAGACCUUUGGCUCUCAGAACGCCAACACAGACCUGCUGUUCCUGAGGCUCAGCAUGCCCGUGGAGUUCCACGAGACCUUUAAGGUCAUGGCCGGGACCACCCCCCUCACCCGAGCUCUGACCAUCCCUGAGGACCAGGUUCUGGAGGUUGACCCCGACUCUGACUUUGAGGUACUGAAGAAGUCUGCCAGCCGCACGGAGAAGGAGGAGGAGAAGAAGGAGCCCUCUGUGCCUAAGGAGAUCCCUGUCAACGAAGGAGGAGAGAACGUGAAAGAUGCCUCUACAGAGAAGAGCAAGAAGAAGGGGUUCCUGUUCAAGGCCAAGAAGGCAGCUUUCACUCCACCCCCUGUUGUUCCCACCAUGCCCCGCCUAAUGGAGGAAGUUGUACCAGACGAUCGAGAUGACGACGACAUCAUCCUCAACACCACCACAUACUAUUAUUCAGUUCGAGUGAUUGCGGGACAAGAACCCAGCGGUGUGUGGGUGGGCUGGAUCACCCCGGACUACCACCAGUACGACCUGCACUUUGACCUCAGCAAAGUCCGAAAUGUCACUGUCACCGUGGGAGAUGACAAAGGCAACAUCCAUGACAGUAUGAAGCGCAGUAACUGCUACAUGGUGUGGGGAGGGGAGUUCAGCAGCUCCCAGCAGACCCGUGUCAGUCAGGAGGACUUUGUGAUUGGCUGCCUUAUUGACCUGGACACUGGCCUCAUGACUUUCACAGCCAACGGGAAAGAGAUCAACACCUUCUACCAGGUGGAGCCCAACACUAAACUGUUCCCAGCUGUCUUUGUCCUGCCCUCCAGUCAGAACAUGCUGCAAGUGGAGCUGGGCAAGCUCAAGAACAUCAUGCCCAUCUCGGCAGCCAUGUUCCGCAGUGAGCGUAAGAACCCGGUCCCCCAGUGUCCUCCCAGGCUGGACGUCCAGAUGCUGACCCCAGUCAUCUGGAGCCGUAUGCCCAACCACUUCCUGUCCCCAGAGACGGGCCGUGUGAACGAGAGGCACGGCUGGAUGGUGGAGUGUAGAGAGCCUCUCACCAUGAUGGCCCUGCACAUCCCUGAGGAGAACAGAUGUAUUGACGUCCUGGAGUUGUCGGAGCGUAUGGACCUGCUGAAGUUCCACUACCACACUCUGAAGCUGUACGGCUCGGUCUGUGCUCUGGGGAACAACCGCGUGGCUCACGCCCUAUGCAGUCAUGUUGAUGAGUCCCAGCUGUUCUACGCCAUAGAGAACACCUACCUGCCUGGACCAAUGAGGAGCGGCUACUACGACCUGCUCAUCAGCAUGCACCUGGAGUCGGCCAAGAGGAACCGCCUCAUGACCAACAAGGAGUUCAUCGUGCCCAUGACAGACGAGACGCGCAGCAUCAACCUCUACUCAGACACUGACAACUCCCAUGCUUUACCAGGGGUGGGCCUCACUACCUGCCUGCGCCCCAAACUCCACUUCUCCCCCACUGGCUUUGUGGGGACAGACCUGGACAUCUACACCCUCAGCCCAUUCAUCCCCCUACAGGUGCUGAAGGCGAAGGCCCUGACCAUGCUGACAGAAGCUGUACAAGACGGUGGUCAGGCCAUGAGGGAUCCUGUAGGAGGCAGUGUUGAGUUCCACUUUGUCCCCAUCCUCAAGCUCAUCAGCACCCUGCUCAUCAUGGGCGUGUUCGAGAAUGAAGAUGUCAAGCACAUCCUGAAGAUGAUAGAGCCCACGGUGUUCAGUGGCGAGGCAGAGGCUGCUGCAGAAGAAGCAGAAGCCACAGCCAAGGGCGCGGGGAGCCAAACGCUGGCGCUCAAAGAAGGGGGGGAGGAGGUGAAGGAGGAAGAGGAGGGAGCAGUAGAGAGUGGACAUGAAACAGAAAUGGAGGACGAGGGGAUGGGUGAGGAAGAUGAGGAACUGGAGGCAGAGCUGGAGGAGCCGGUAGAAAAAGAAGAAGAAGAGGAAGAAGAGGAGGAGGAUGGAGAGAAAGUGGAUGGAGAGAAAGGUGCUGAGGAGACGGAGAAGGAGGCGACGCCUGGAGAGGCAGACGGAGAGGCAGAAGAACAAGUAGGUCUGGAAGAGGGAUUACUGCACAUGAAGCUGCCAGAGUCUGUCAAGCUACAGAUGUGCACUCUGCUUCAGUAUUUCUGUGACUGUGAGUUGCGCCACAGGGUGGAGGCCAUCAUAGCCUUCUCAGACCAGUUUGUGAGCCAGGUGCAGGCCAACCAGAGAGCCCGCUACAACGAGCUCAUGCUGGCGUUCACCAUGAGCGCUGCCGAGACUGCCCGCAAGACCCGCGAGUUCCGCUCCCCACCGCAGGAGCAGGUCAACAUGCUGAUGAACUUUAAGAGCAUUGCGGAGGAUGAGGAGUGUCCUGUGCCUGACGAGGUCCGCGAUGCCCUGCUGUCUUUUCACAAGAACCUGCUUUCUCACUGCGGUGUACACAUUGAAGAGGAAGAGGUGGAGGAGGAGUUGGAUAUGUCUCUCAAAGGACGACUCUUCAGAAUGUUGGACAAGUUGAGGCACCUCCGCAAGAAGAAGGUAGAGGAGGAGCCGGAACCUGUAGAAGAGACCAAACCCAGCACCCUCCAGGAGCUAAUCUCCCACACUAUGAUCCACUGGGCCCAGGAGUCGUUCAUUCAGAACCCUGAGCUGGUGCGUCUGAUGUUCAGCCUGCUGCACCGUCAGUAUGACGGGCUGGGGGAGCUGAUCCGGGCCCUGCCCAAGGCCUACACCAUCAACGCCAUCUCCAUAAAGGAUACCAUGGACCUGCUGGAGUGCCUGGGACAGAUCCGCUCGCUGCUCAUUGUCCAGAUGGGCCCCGAGGAGGAGAGACUCAUGAUCCAGAGCAUCGGAAACAUCAUGAGCAACAAAGUGUUUUAUCAGCACCCCAACCUGAUGCGAGCGCUGGGCAUGCACGAGACUGUCAUGGAGGUGAUGGUCAACGUGCUGGGUGGUGGCGACUCCAAGGAGAUCAGAUUCCCUCGUAUGGUCACCAACUGCUGUCGUUUCCUGUGCUACUUCUGUCGUAUCAGUCGCCAGAACCAGCGCUCCAUGUUCGACCACCUCAGCUACCUGCUACAGAACAGUGGCAUUGGCCUUGGAAUGCGUGGCUCCACCCCUCUAGACGUGGCUGCAGCAUCCUGCAUUGACAACAAUGAGCUGGCUCUGGCUCUACAGGAACAAGACCUGGAGAAGGUGGUGAAGUACCUCGCUGGCUGUGGGCUCCAGAGCUGUCCCCAGCUCCUGGCUAAGGGUUACCCUGACAUCGGCUGGAACCCGUGUGGCGGAGAGAAAUACCUGGACUUCCUCCGCUUCGCUGUCUUCGUCAAUGGAGAGAGCGUAGAGGAGAAUGCCAAUGUGGUGGUGCGUCUUCUGAUCCGUCGGCCAGAGUGUUUUGGCCCGGCCCUGAGAGGAGAGGGUGGGAACGGCCUGCUGGCUGCUAUAGAGGAGGCCAUCAAGAUCUCUGAAGAUCCUGCCAGGGACGGCCCCACUGUGAAGAAAGACAGGCGCUUCCCCGGCAUGUUCCCUGGUGGGGAGGAGCAGCACGAGGAGAACAAGGUUCACCUGGGGAAUGCCAUCAUGUCCUUUUACUCAGCUCUCAUUGACUUGCUGGGACGCUGCGCUCCAGAGAUGCAUUUGAUCCAGGCUGGGAAGGGCGAGGCUCUGAGGAUCAGGGCCAUCCUCAGGUCCCUGGUGCCUAUGGAGGACCUGGUGGGAGUCAUCAGCCUGUCUGUCCAGAUACCAGACUUUGGAAAAGAUAACAGCGUCAUUGAACCCAAGAUGUCUUCCAGUUUUGUGCCGGACCACAAGGCUCCCAUGGUGCUGUUCCUUGACAGAGUGUAUGGUAUUGACAACCAAGACUUCCUGCUUCAUGUGCUGGAGGUGGGCUUCCUGCCUGACAUGAGGGCAGCUGCUUCUCUGGACACAGCGGCUUUCUGCACCACAGAGAUGGCCCUGGCUCUGAACCGCUACCUCUCUCUGGCCGUGCUGCCCCUCAUCACCAAGUGUGCCUUUUUGUUCGCUGGCACUGACCACCGGGCCAUCAUGAUCGACUCUAUGCUGCACACCAUCUACCGUCUGUCCCGCGGACGAGCCUUCACUAAGGCCCAGAGAGAUGUUAUCGAGGAGUGUCUCAUGGCUUUGUGCAAGAAUCUGCGGCCAUCCAUGUUACAACACCUGUUGAGAAGGCUGGUAUUUGAUGUGCCAAUUCUCAAUGAAUAUGCCAAAAUGCCACUCAAGCUUUUGACCAAUCACUAUGAGCGUUGUUGGAAGUACUAUUGCCUGCCCAACGGCUGGGGCAACUUUGGAGUGUCAUCAGAGGAGGAGCUGCAUCUCACCCGUAAACUCUUCUGGGGCAUCUUUGAGUCCCUGGCCCACAAGAAAUUUGAUGCCGAGCUGUUCAAAAUUGCCAUGCCGUGCAUAUGCGCCAUUGCUGGCGCCAUCCCUCCAGAUUAUGUAGAUGCCAGCUACUCAUCCAAGACUGAGAAGAAAGCUUUGGUGGAUGCAGAGGGAAACUUUGAUCCCAAACCAGUGGAGACCACAAAUACUAUCAUCCCUGAGAGAUUGGAUGGCUUCAUCAACAGAUAUGCUGAGUACACACAUGACAAGUGGGCCUUUGAAAAGAUUCAGAAUAACUGGACGUAUGGAGAGAUGUUGGAUGAAAAUUCAAAAACUCACCCCAUGCUCCGACCGUACAAAACGUUCUCCGAGAAGGACAAAGAGAUCUACCGUUGGCCCAUCAAAGAGUCCAUGAAGGCCAUGAUUGCAUGGGAGUGGACUCUGGAUCAAACGAGGGAAGGAGAUGAAGCCAAGGCUGAGCUGAAGAAGGCAGCUCGGAAGAUCUCUCAGACUGCGCAGGCAACAUAUGACCCCAGCCAUGGCUACAGUCCCCAACCAAUUGAAAUAUCCCACAUGGCACUGUCAAGAGAGCUGCAGUCAAUGGCAGAACAACUUGCAGAGAACUAUCACAACACCUGGGGUCGAAAGAAGAAGAUGGAGCUGCAGUCCAAAGGAGGAGGCGCCCACCCUUUGCUUGUACCCUAUGACACCCUGACAGCAAAGGAGAAGGCACGAGACAGGGAAAAGGCUCACGAGCUUCUCAAAUUUCUUCAACUCAAUGGAUUUGCAGUCACCAGGGGAAUGAAAGACAUGGAGUCAGACAUCUCAUCUAUCGAGAAGCGCUUUGCCUAUGGUUUCCUGCAGAAGCUGUUGAAGUGGAUGGAGAUCGCCCAAGAGUUCAUAGCUCAUCUUGAGGCUGUGGUGAGCAGUGGCAGAGUGGAGAAGUCGCCUCAUGAGCAGGAGAUCAAAUUCUUUGCCAAGAUCUUGUUGCCCCUGAUCAACCAGUACUUUAAAAACCACUGUCUGUACUUCCUGUCCACACCGGCCAAAGUCCUGGGUAGUGGAGGACAUUCCUCUAACAAGGAGAAAGAGAUGAUUGCCAGUAUCUUCUGUAAAAUGGCUGCUCUGGUGAGACACAGAGUUUCUCUCUUCGGGAACGAUGCUGCUGCUAUUGUCAACUGUCUUCACAUCCUGGCACGAUCACUCGAUGCAAGGACGGUGAUGAAGUCUGGGCCUGAGAUUGUGAAGGCAGGGCUCCGGUCGUUCUUUGAGGGUGCAGCUGAUGAUAUCGAGAAGAUGGUGGAGAACCUCAAACUGGGAAAGGUGUCUAAAGGCAACCAGCAGGUGAAAGGCGUGUCGCAGAACAUCAACUACACCACCAUUGCCCUGCUCCCAGUCCUCACCUCCCUGUUCGACCACAUCUCUCAGCACCAGUUUGGAGAUGAUGUCAUGCUGGAUGAUCUCCAGAUGUCGUGUUACCGCAUCAUGUGCGCCAUCUACUCCCUGGGCAGUGUCAAGAACCCUCAUGUGGAGAGGCAGAGGCCAGCCCUGGGGGAGUGUCUAGCCCAUCUGGCGGCUGCUAUGCCUGUGGCCUACCUCGAGCCCCAUCUCAAUGAGUACAAUGCCUUCUCUGUCUACACCACCAAGACCCCCAGAGAAAGAGCCAUCUUGGGUCUGCCCAACGAGGUCCAGGAGUUAUGCCAGGACAUACCAGAGCUAGACGUUCUGCUGAAAGAGAUCGGGGACUUGGCAGAGUCAGGUGCCCGUUACACUGAGAUGCCCCAUGUGAUCGAGAUCACUCUGCCCAUGCUGUGUAACUACCUGCCUCGCUGGUGGGAGAGAGGAGUAGAGAACUUCCCUGAGCUGGAGGGCCAAAUCUGCACCGACGUCACCUCUGACCAGCUCAACCAGCUGCUGGGCAGCAUCAUGAAGAUCGUGGUCAACAACCUGGGCAUUGACGAGGCCUCCUGGAUGAAGAGGCUGGCUGUCUUCUCCCAGCCUAUUGUGAGCAGGGCCAGGCCAGAGAUGCUCAAGUCCCAUUUCAUCCCCACCAUGGAGAAGCUGAAGAAGAGGACAGGGAAGGUGGUGGCCGAGGAGGACCACCUGCGUAUGGAGGGGAAGGCCGAGGGGGACGAGGAGGAGGGCACCAUCAGGGAUGAGUUUGCUGUGCUCUGCAGGGACCUAUACGCCCUCUACCCUCUCCUCAUCCGCUAUGUGGACAAUAACAGGGCGAGGUGGUUGACAUGCCCGGACCCAGAUGCAGAGGAGCUCUUCAGAAUGGUUGGAGAGGUCUUCAUCUUCUGGUCCAAAUCUCAUAACUUCAAGCGAGAGGAGCAGAACUUUGUGGUGAUGAAUGAGAUUAAUAACAUGUCUUUCCUCACUGCUGACAGCAAGAGCAAGAUGAGCAAGGGCAGCGACUCAGAGGCUGGUGGCUCAGACGUGGAGCGUACCAAGAAGAAGAGACGGGGAGACCGUUACUCGGUGCAGACGUCACUUAUUGUGGCUGCCCUGAAAAAGAUGCUCCCCAUCGGCCUCAACAUGUGCUCCCCUGCUGAUCAUGAGCUUAUCAACCUGGCCAAGAUCCGAUACUCGUUGAGGGACACUGAUGAGGAAGUAAGGGAGUUCUUGCAAAACAACCUGCAUCUUCAAGGCAAGGUGGAGAACCCGUCCAUGCGCUGGCAGAUGUCCCUGUAUAAGGAGAUGGCAGGGAAGGCUGAGGAUGCUGACGCUCCAGAGAAAGUGGUGAAGAGGGUGCAGGAGGUGUCAGCUGUGCUCUAUCACAUUGAGGUGACGGAGCACCCCUUCAAAUCCAAAAAGAUGGUGUGGCACAAGCUGCUGUCCAAGCAGAGACGCAAGGCUGUGGUUGCCUGCUUUAGGAUGACGCCACUCUACAACCUACCCAGGCAUAGAGCUUCCAAUAUGUUCUUGGAAGGGUACAAACGCAACUGGAUCCAUACUGAGGGCUACUCCUUUGAGGACAGAAUGAUAGACGACUUGUCUAAAGCCAUGGAGCAGGAAGGAGAGGAGGAGGAAGAGACGGAGACCAAGCCAGACCCCCUUCACCAGCUCAUUUUGCAUUUCAGCCGUACUGCUCUCACAGAAAAGAGUAAACUUGAUACAGAUUACCUAUAUAUGGCAUACGCUGAUAUUAUGGCAAAGAGCUGCCACAUUGGUGAGGAGGACGAAGGGGGAGAGGAGGUGGAGGAAGGGGCUGAGGAUGAGAUGUCCUUUGAGGUGCGACAGACAGAACUGGAAAAAGAGAUGGAGAAGCAGAGGCUCCUAUACCAGCAGUCCCGUCUCCACAACCGUGGGGCGGCUGAGAUGGUGCUGCAGAUGAUCAGCGCUUGCAAAGGUGAGACUGGCUGCAUGGUGUCCUCCACUCUUAAACUGGGCAUCUCCAUCCUAAACGGAGGUAACGUUGAGGUUCAACAGAAAAUGCUUGAAUACCUGAAGGAUAAGAAGGACGUUGGCUUCUUUUUGAGUGUCCAGGCUCUAAUGCAGACGUGCAGUGUCCUGGACCUGAAUGCCUUUGAGAGACAGAACAAGGCAGAGGGGCUGGGUAUGGUGUCGGAGGAGGGAACAAACAUGAAGUCAGAACGGGGUGAGAAAGUCAUGGCGGAUGAUGAGUUUACCUGCGACCUGUUCCGCAUGUUGCAGCUGCUCUGUGAGGGCCACAAUAACGAUUUCCAGAACUAUUUGCGGACACAGACAGGCAGCACCACCACUAUAAACAUCAUCAUCUGCACUGUGGAUUACCUCCUCCGACUGCAGGAGUCAAUCAGUGAUUUCUACUGGUAUUACUCUGGGAAAGAUAUCAUUGAUGAGCCAGGCAAGAAGAACUUCUCCAAGGCCAUGACAGUGGCUAAACAGAUCUUCAACAGUCUGACUGAGUACAUCCAGGGUCCGUGUACAGGCAACCAGCAGUCCCUGACCCACAGCAGGCUGUGGGAUGCAGUGGUGGGCUUCCUCCACGUCUUUGCCCACAUGAUGAUGAAGCUGGCACAGGGUAAAGAUUCCAGCCAGAUUGGCCUGCUGAAGGAGCUACUGGACCUCCAAAAAGACAUGGUGGUUAUGCUGCUCUCUCUACUGGAGGGUAAUGUUGUGAAUGGCACCAUUGCCCGUCAGAUGGUGGACAUGCUGGUGGAAUCGUCCAGCAACGUGGAGAUGAUCCUCAAAUUCUUUGACAUGUUUCUCAAACUGAAGGACAUUGUGGCGUCAGACGCCUUCCGUGAUUACGUGACCGACCCCCGAGGGUUGAUCUCUAAGAAGGACUUUCAGAAGGCCAUGGACAGCCAGAAACAGUACUCUCCCUCUGAGAUCCAAUUCCUGUUGUCCUGCUCAGAGGCCGAUGAGAAUGACAUGAUCAACUUUGAGGAGUUUGCCGACCGCUUCCAGGAGCCAGCUAAAGACAUUGGAUUUAACAUUGCAGUGUUGCUGACCAACCUGUCUGAACAUGUCCCUCAUGACCUCAGGCUGAAGAACUUCUUAGAGCAGGCAGAGAGUGUACUCAACUACUUCCGCCCCUUCCUGGGCCGUAUAGAGAUCAUGGGUGCCAGCAGGAAGAUAGAGCGUAUUUACUUUGAGAUCAGCGAGGUCAACCGCACACAGUGGGAGAUGCCUCAGGUCAGAGAGUCCAAACGACAGUUCAUCUUUGAUGUGGUCAAUGAGGGGGGCGAGUCGGAGAAGAUGGAAAUGUUUGUCAACUUCUGCGAGGACACCAUCUUUGAGAUGAACAUCGCCUCCCAGAUCUCAGAGCAGGAGGAGGAGAAGGAGGAGGAGGAUGAUGAUGAGCCGGCUGAAGGAGGAGCUGAGGCAGGAGGAGGUGGAGGGGGAGAUGAAGAGGGCAAUGGAGAGGAAGGAGAGCCAGAGUCCAGCUCUGCCUUUGCAGACUUCAUCAACAGCUUAUUGAACUUCCUGAGUAUCUUCACCUUCCGUAACCUGCGCAGGCAGUACCGCAGAGUGAGGAAGAUGACCAUCAAGCAGAUAGUGGUGGGUCUGGCCACCUUCUUCUGGACUAUCCUCAUUGGCAUCCUGCACUUCAUUUACAGUGUAUGUAAGGGCUUCUUCCUGCUCAUUUGGCAAACUCUAUUUGGAGGAGGCCUGGUGGAGGGAGCCAAGAACAUCACAGUGACAGAGAUCUUGGCCAGUAUGCCCGACCCCACCCAGGACGAGGUGCACGGGGACCUGCCAGGGGAGCCUAGGACUGGGGAGGAGCAGGAAGCAGGAGGGGUGACUGACCAAAUGGACACAGGCGGUGGAGAGGAGGAGGAGGAGGACAACCAAGACAAGGAAGGUGGGGGGCCACCACGCAUUGAUGCUCCAGGAGGACUUGGUGACAUGGGAAUUGAGGCCACUGUUGAGCCUCCUACUCCUGAGGGUACUCCUUUGACCAGGAGGAAACAGCAACCAGAGGAGGGUGCUGCUGCAGCUGCUGAUGGCCAAGCUGCUGAACCUGCUCCUGCUCCUGCCAUAGAGGAGCCCCCUCCAGAGCCCGAGAAGGCAGACACUGAAAAUGGAGAGAAGGCUGAGAAGGAAGCCGAGACCAAAGAGGAGGAGAAACAGGAGCAACCGAAGGAAAAGAAGGCCAAGGAUAAGAAAAAUAAGAAACAACACCGGGAGCAAGGGUUCCAACUCUGGACUGAGCUGGACAUCCAAAGAAACAAAUUCUUGAACUACCUCUCUCGGAACUUUUACAAUCUGCGUUUUCUGGCACUGUUCAUUGCAUUUGCUCUAAACUUCAUUCUACUCUUCUACAAGGUGUCGGACAGCCCCCCUGGAGAAGGUGAUGAGGUGGAGGGCUCUGGCAUGUUUGAGGGCUCGGGGGUGGGGGCGCUGUUUGAGGGCAGUGGGCUGUUUGAGGGCUCAGCAGAAGAGAUGGAGGGAUCUGGUGGGGAUGAAGGAGGAGAUGAGGAGGAGGAGGAGGGCCCAGUCUACUUCUUCUUGGAGGAGAGCACUGGCUACAUGCAGCCCACUCUCACAUUCCUGGCCGCCCUGCACACAGUCAUCGCCUUCCUCUGCAUCAUCGGCUACAACUGUCUAAAGAUCCCUCUGGUGAUCUUUAAGAGGGAGAAGGAGCUGGCCAGGAAGCUGGAGUUUGAUGGUCUUUACAUCACAGAGCAGCCUGAGGAUGAUGACAUCAAAGGCCAAUGGGACAGACUGGUCCUCAACACACCUUCUUUCCCAAACAACUACUGGGACAAGUUUGUUAAGCGAAAGGUCCUGGAUAAGUAUGGAGACAUUUACGGCAGAGAGAGGAUCGCAGAGCUCCUAGGCAUGGAUUUAGCCUCGCUGGACGUCAGUCAACAAACUGAUAAGAAGCCGGAGGAACCAGACAAUUCCACGUUGGCCUGGUGUACAUCUAUUGACUUUAAGUACCAGAUCUGGAAAUGUGGAGUUGUGUUCACAGACGGGACUUUUCUCUAUCUGUGUUGGUACACGAUCAUGUCCUUGCUUGGACAUUACAACAACUUCUUCUAUGCCUGUCACUUGCUGGACAUAGCCAUCGGUGUGAAGGAUCUGCGUACUAUCCUGUCCUCUGUCACCCACAAUGGGAAACAGCUCAUGAUGACAUUGGGCUUGUUGGCAGUGGUGGUGUAUCUCUACACUGUAGUGGCCUUUAUCUUCUUCCGCAAGUUUUACAACAAGAGUGAAGAUGAGGAUGAGCCGGAUAUGAAAUGUGAUGACAUGAUGACUUGCUACCUCUUCCACAUGUACGUGGGAGUGCGUGCUGGCGGUGGCAUAGGGGACGAGAUCGAGGACCCGGCGGGAGACGUGUACGAGCUCUACCGGGUGGUCUUUGACAUCACCUUCUUCUUCUUUGUCAUUGUCAUCCUGUUGGCCAUCAUCCAGGGUCUGAUCAUUGACGCCUUCGGAGAGCUCCGAGACCAACAAGAGCAGGUUAAGGAAGACAUGGAGACCAAGUGCUUCAUCUGUGGAAUUGGAAGCGACUACUUUGAUACGACGCCGCACGGCUUCGAGACCCACACCCUGGAGGAACACAACUUGGCCAACUACAUGUUCUUCUUAAUGUACCUCAUCAACAAAGAUGAGACGGAGCAUACUGGCCAGGAGUCAUAUGUGUGGAAGAUGUACCAGGAGCGAGCGUGGGACUUCUUCCCUGCUGGGGACUGUUUCAGGAAGCAAUAUGAGGAUCAGCUUGCAUAACCAUACUACUACAAUUUGUAGGUUUAAUAACAUAUUAAACCGUACUGAAAUAGCUGUACUAUACUGUAUGGAAGAGAGUUGGGCCCAAACACAUGCAAACUAAAUAACUGCGUUUAGAAGUGUUUGUAGCAAUGUCAAGUUGAAACAUACAGUGACAGUAAUUCUUGAAAUGUCAUUGUGCGAGUGAAUGUGGGAAAAUACUCCCGUUUGCCAACACACACAAAUAUUCUCAAUAAUUAAGUGCAUUAUGCAUGUCAAUUUUGUAAAACUUCAGUGCCUAAAUUAUUGGAACAAACUUUAUUAGUCGCAUGCUACAGCAGCAUCUUGAUACUGUACCAAAACUGUCAUUAUUGGUAUAGUACUUUGAUACCCGGCUAUCUCCUCCUACUCAUAAAGCAAGAGAUACCGGUACCAGAUAUACUGUAAACACAACUGGAGUAUUGUUGAUGGUACUUUAUCCUUUAAAGCUAUUUACACAACAGUCUCGUAGAUAAUAUUUUACCAGCCCACUGGAAAAGCUCUAGAACCACUACAUACAGUACAGUAUUGACUUUAAAUGCUCUUCAACUGCUGCUUUUCAAUUGACAAGGUUUUUCCUGAAAUGUUCUUUGUAUCUGUUUUAAUUAUGACUAUUUCUCUCAACAGAACUGACGAUGGUUACUGUGUUGUUGACGUAGUAACUAGGGUUUGUGUAUUUAUUCGUUUUUAAUUUAUUGAAUGUAUUUUAAGCCUGGCUAGUCUGAACGCCAUGAAUGCAUUAUUGUAUCCAGUACCUUGUUUAGUUUGAGGGAACUCACUAUUUUGUUUUCUUAAAACCAAAAAAAAUACUGGUUUAUUAAUGGGUUUGUUCAUUGGUUUAUUAAAUAAAGGCUUUGAUGCACUUACA